AUGGCUUUCCGUCCAUUGGCUGACUUACGGGUUGAAGAUGUUGACUGUAAAGUGCGUGUUCGAGUGCUGCGGAUGUGGGAUGUCAAGCAAAAUGGCUAUGGAGAAAGUGUUCUUCGCAAGAUGAUGAUUGUUGAUGCUGCGGGUUAUGAAAUGGAGGUUGUUAUUCAUAGGAUUUCAUUUCCAAGGUUCGGUGGAAUUAUGAGGGAAGGCGCAGUAUACAGAUUUGCUAACUUCUUGGUUCAAAGAAACACCACUGCCUUCCGUGUCACGGCACCAGAUUUUCGCAUUGUGCUUUUGCCCGAUUCUGUUUGUGAAGAAAUGGUGGAUUCUGAAGUAAUCCCCAAGUUUAGUUUCAGAUUUCUUAAGACUGAUCAGUUUGAAGCUGCAUUCCAGAAUCGAAACUACUUAUCAGAUUUGGUGGGUCAAUUGGUGCAAAGUCAGCCUGCAGAACAGCUUGGUAAUGACUAUGUUUCUAUCAAGAAGAAAGACCUUCAUAUUCGGUUGACUGAUGGUGAAGUUGUGAAAGUCAUUGUGUGGGACUCAAUAGUUGACCAACUAGAGCUGUUUCUUGAGGAUGAACCUGAAACUGGAGUUGUCCUCAUUUUGACCUCUGCUAUUGUCCACAAGUAUCAUGGGGAGUACUAUUUUUCCAGUUCACGUGCUUCUAAACUCUAUGGGAAUUUGCACUAUCCUGAUGGUCAUGACAUGCUUGAUUUCAGUGACAAUGGUGUUCCUCGCAAGGUAGGUGAGAUAUGUCAGAGUUUUAUAGUCCCAAGUUCCAUCAAGUUGCUGGAAGAUUUGAAUGUCGAUGGUCCCCUCAAGGGGGUGACCUACAAAGUUACAGCAGAGGUUUCUGAGGUCAAUGCGUACUGGUCUGAUCGCAAAAAAAGCUUCAUGGUUGAGCUGAAAGUGAAAGAUGAACAUGACUCCUGUGAUUUUAUUUUCACCAGCAAUAGUUUCAGAUCAAUGACUGACUCCAUUUUCAAGAAUGACCUGCAGUUCGAGAGGUCAAGCUUUGAUGUGAAUUUGAAGUCAAUGAAAGGCAAGAAGUUUCAGUUCUCGGUGAAAUCUGUUCCCCGUUUUUACAAUCCUGAAGCAGUGCAUCAUGUGGUUGUCAAAAUCAGCAGUGGCUAA